UCGUAGUUGAAUGCAUUUGUUCAGUACGGCAUGCGCGUUCGGUGUAUGUAGAUAGUUACGUGUGAAUGUGCCAAGCAAUGACGUCGAAUGCAAAUAAAAACAGUACGGCCUUAGUGACAUGCGACCAAUUCAAAGCGCUAUUGCGGGAGAAUUUUCAAGGUUUCGAUGAACUUUUGAGUUUUUCAGCAGUACGUGCCUUGGAUGAUGGCGAAAACUACAUAACAACAAUUAUAAGAAUUUGCGCUGAUAUGAGGCUGAAGGACGCUAGUGAACAGCAAGUACAAUUUAUAUUGAAAGUCCCCUUACAGCUGAAGCAAAACAAAGAGUGUGAAGAGAAAGAGCAACAGGGGCAAAGAGAGAACACUGACGUGGAUGAUUAUCAUGAACUUUUCGUCACCGAAGUGGAUAUGUACGACAACAUCGUGCCAGAGCUGGAGGAGUUAUAUGCAAAAAUGGGAAUAUUAGUGCAAUUCAAAGCGAAAAAAUAUAAAUUUGCACAUGAAAUGAGCUGCAAUUAUGUUCUUAUGGAAGAUCUGCAGUUGAGAGGAUUUGAAACGGCGCGUCGCCGAGAGGGGCUCGACGUGGUGCAUACGACGGCCGUACUUGCAAAGCUAGCCCAGUGGCAUGCAGCCUCUGCGAAGAGAGUUGAACUAAAGGGUGCUUACCCGAAGGAAUAUGUGGAGAGCUACUUUUCGCAGACGCAUUUGGAAUUUAUCGCAAAAAUGAACGCAGCAUUCAAUGAGCCUUUCAUUCAGUGUAUGGAGAGCUAUGAUUUGAUGGUCAGAGAGAAAGAGAUUAUAUUGAAUUACAUGCGAAACAUGAAUGAGUUAUACCUGAAAUUUGGCAGUGUGGAUGCACAAGCCUUCAACGUCUUGAACCAUGGCGACUUUUGGAUAAACAACAUCAUGUUCCAGCACGAUGACGAUGACAGAGCGGUAAUAAAGGAGGUGCUAUUUGUUGACUUUCAAUUGCCCAAAUACGGAACUUUCGCCAUGGAUUUGUUCUGCUUUCUGAUGACCUCACCACAAUGGCUCAUAAGACUAAGGAACUUCGACAAUUUUGUACAGUCCUAUUAUCUGGAACUAAUAAAAAAUCUGAACGUGCUGCAAUAUAAGAAACCAAUGCCAACCCUCAAAGAGCUGCAUACGCAACUGGAAAAAUAUGGUUUGUGGGCAUUUGUUUGUGUUCAACGCAUGCUUGCUGUGGCUUUACUGGACCCCCAAGAAAACUCCAACAUCGAAACUUUCAUGAGUAACAAUGAGGAGGGAAAAGCGUUCAAGAAACGUAUGUUUUACAAUCCCCAAUAUGUUUCCCAAGUGAAGGAGAUUUUGCCUUGGCUGAUAGAGAAAAACUAUCUGCACUGCUUGACACAAAUCUUGGCAAUUCGUAAGAUUUAUGAGCGUCGGGCGAAAAUGUCGGCAAAAGAAGAAAAUAAUCACAAAAAUGGGACAUUGGGCAGCAAACCAAGUGAAAAAAAGAGUGACGCUACCAACGGUGAUGGUCCUACAGUGCCGGACUGGUUGAAAGCUGAAUUAUUCAACGACUUCCUGAAGGGAAAUAUACCAGAGUUUAAAGAAAUUAAGAAUUUCAAAAUAAAACCUGCAGUAGCACCGGGCGAGAACUAUACCACCCUAAUGUUGCAAAUCGAAAUCGAAAUCUACACACAAUCUGGCAAGCAGAAGACGCUGUCUUAUAUGAUGAAACUGCCUAUCGAUUCGCUUAAGGACUUAAUGGAGAAUUAUGACGUCUUCGGCAUUGAAUCCACCAUGUACUGUUCAGUGGUGCCCGAAAUGGAGCAGAUGUAUCGUGAUGCAGGUGUCGAAGUGAAAUUCGGUGCACGAUAUUAUGACAUUCGGCCACCAACAGAAGCUGCUAUCAUAUUGCUAGAAGAUUUGCGCCAGCGCGGCUUUAAGAAUGUCAAUCGGCUUCAAGGGCUCGACAUGGAGCACACAAAGUGUAUGCUUCGGAAACUUGCUCAAUGGCAUGCAGCGUCUGCGACGCGCGUCCAGUUCAAAGGUCCCUACCCAAAGGCUAUAACAAUUGGCUUCUUCUUAGAGGAAUACUACGAAUCGACGAAGCAGAUGUAUGAAAAUCUAGGCAAAGCAUUCAUGAACAGCGCAAGGACGUUGCAAGGCAAUGAGGAAUACAUCGAAACCUUGGAGAAAUUCAAUUUGGAUCAAUUUGCUAGACUCUUCAAAGCCAGCAAGUUCGAUCCGAAUGAGUUUAAUGUAUUGAACCACGGCGACUGCUGGUCCAACAAUGUCAUGUUUCAAUACGAUGCGUUUGGAAAAAUCAAAGAAACAUAUUUCGUGGACUAUCAGCUACCCAAGUACGGCUCACCAGCUCAAGAUUUGUAUUACGCUCUGCUCUCCUCAACAAGUUUCGAAUUGAAAGUAAAACAAUUCGACUACUUUAUCAAAUUCUAUCACGACAAUUUAGUAGAGAAUCUGACGCUGUUGAAGUACCCCAAGCAAAUACCCAAGCUGAGGGAUCUGCACACACUUUUGCAUAAGCACAACAUUUGGGCUUACGCGACAACCAGUGGAGUUAUGGCCGCCGUACUGCUGGAUCCCACCGACAAGGCUAAGCUCGAAAGUAUGAUUGAGGAAAGUGAAGCUGGAGAUGAUUUCAAGAAGCAAUUGUUCGCAGGUGCGAGAUUUCGUAAGCAUGCUGAGGUCAUCUUGCCAUGGCUACAUAAUCGCGGCGUAUUGGAGUGCUGACCUACAUACAAAUCACCGAGUUCACAUUUUGUUUAACGACCACUUUAUCUGUGCGAUUUUUAACUGUUAUUUGCUGUGUAUUGUGUAAUAAUGAAAAAAAAAAACA